AUGGCUUCCCAUCAGCGGGAGGAUACUACGCCAUUCCUUCUGCAGCUUUUCUACAAGAAUGGGUCAUUUCACAGAACAGACGAGUUCGCCUCGAGGAGCCUCCCGCCCUUCCUGUCACUCUACACAUGGCCCGACUGUACCUUGGACGAGCUCGCCGAGCUCAUCACAGCUGAAGAUCCGGCGCUGCUACCGAGCCCUUGCGUAGGCACGAGGCUCGCCUUCCGCCUCAUCUACCCCGACACCCGAAAUGCAGCAGCCAACGCGGGAGGGCAUCACCACCACGGACAAGCGCAGGGGCCAAGGUUCAUGGUCAAGGACCUGGGGAGCAUUGUACUCGGGGACGGCACAGCGGAGGCGCUCCUGGCAGCCGACGGAGAAGGGGAGGAGGGGGCAGAUGACGCUGCCAUGCCUGGCGUUGCUACGGCCGGCGCCGGCGCCCAGCAGUCCGACGACGCCGACUCGGCCAAGGACAAGACGCUCAAGGAGGUCAAUUUCGUGGUCGGUGAUUACGUCUCGUGCGCCAUACUGCCGCCGCUGCCGGACGGCUCGGUGGCGCCGGCCCUGACUGCGCGGAAUGAUAGGGUGGCGGGGCAGUUUGGCGGUGCGAGAGGCCUGAUGGGCGGUCCGCCGUCGCAGGGGCCGCGUCGGGACGCUGGGUUCGGGGGACGGCAGGGCUGGGACAGAGACCGGCGGCGCUCUGGGUUCGGAGACGGUGGGUUCCCCGAGGGAGAGUGGCGGAGGGGCGAGAGGCUGCCCGAUGAUCCACCGGACCGGUCUCGGGGUAGAGGUAGACGACCCGAUAGGUGGUGA